AUGACUCAGUGUAAGGCAGAUCAUUCAGUCUUUUACCGUCACUCAAGUGUUGGAUCUGUAUACUUGAUAGUAUAUGUUGAUGACAUUGUUCUUACAAGCAGUGAAAGUCAUGGCAUCUCUCAGAUGAAACAACAUCUUUGCAACCAUUUUCAGAUCAAAGAUCUUGGCAUACUUAGAUAUUUCUUAGGUAUUGAGGUGGCACAAUCCAAUGAUGGUAUUGUUAUAUCUCAAAGGAAAUAUGCACUAGAUAUUUUGAAGGAAACUGGGUUGAUGAAUUCAAAACCUAUGGACACACUCAUGGAUCCUGAUACUAAACUUCUACCAAAACAGGGGGAGCCUAUGUCAAAUCCCAAGAAAUAUAGAAGACUAGUUGGAAAAUUGAAUUAUCUUACAGUUACUCGUCCUGAUAUUUCCUUUGCAGUUAGUGUGGUAAGCCAAUUCUUUAAUUCCCCAUGUGAAGAUCAUUGGAAUGCAGUUAUUCGUAUAUUAAAAUACAAAUAA